UUAGGCCGCGAAAGCGUGGCUUAGAACAAUUUAUCGGACCGGAGCCUCGGCUCGUGGCCCCAGUUCCCCUGACGGCGAACCAUUCACGGGUGCGCGAUGCCGCGGCUCGACCACCUCCACAGCCCUCGCGGGCUGGACGCCGGGCUACCACCAGGUGCGAAAGCGCACGUCGCCUAGCGAUGGCGCAGGGCGAGGCCAGGGGUUAUCCCCGCCCUUCUGAUACAUCCGCUUCCGGGGCCGCGGCAGUCGCACGUAGGGAUUUGUCCGGCCCGCCAGGCGACUCUGGGUGUCCGAUUCGGACCGCUGCAGCUCGUCACUGCUGCUCGCCCUCGCCUCGCUGCCCGCCUUCGGAGCUAACCAUGCUGGAACAUCUCAGCGCGCUCCCCACACAGAUGGAUUACAAAGGACAAAAGCUAGCUGAACAGAUGUUUCAAGGAAUUAUUCUUUUUUCUGCAAUAGUUGGAUUUAUCUAUGGGUACGUGGCCGAACAGUUCGGGUGGACAGUCUAUAUAGUUAUGGCCGGAUUUGCUUUUUCGUGUUUGCUGACACUUCCUCCAUGGCCCAUCUAUCGACGACAUCCCCUCAAAUGGCUACCUGUUCAAGACUCAGGAACAGAAGACAAGAAAACAGGGGAUAGAAAAAUUAAGAGGCAUGCUAAGAAUAAUUGAUUGGGGUUUUCAUGACUCAACACCCACUUUUCGUUUUCUCUGAGAUGAGCUAAAUUGCUAUCAUAACCAAAUAAUGAGCUUAAAACUCCCUAUGCUCAUAAACACAAUUGCAUAUUGAUUUAGUUUUCUUUAUAUUUCAAAGACAGAAAUAACUCAGUUGUGUUUGACUUAUAUUUUAGACCAACUCCUCAUAAUCUUAUGAAAUGGAAAACAAAAACAAGUAUGCAAUGUUUCUUCCAGGUAUAAAUAAUAAAUGCCUCAUAAAUGACA